GGCAGUGUGAGGCUGGAUCUGAUGCUGUGCUCCUGAUGAUUCCGAAUCCUGGACUCGGACGUCCUGGCAUUAAGAGCAUUAGGAUGGAUCUGUGUCGUAACGCUGUCUUCUGGGUCCUGCUGUGUGCAAUGAGUGGAGUGCGACUCACUCACCCUGAGUGUUCAAUCCUGCUGCACUUGCACGAGAGACAGGCUGAGUGUCAGGUUCGGAUGCAGGAAAGCUCAGCACAACCUCCUUCCAAAGUGAACCAAAGCACAGAUUGUCCGGUGGAGUGGGAUGGUGUAAACUGCUGGCCUGCUGCGCGAGUCGGAGAAAGUGUGUCAGUGUUCUGUCCACCAUCUCUGCAGAAACACAUCGUCAUCAUUCGUAACUGCACCAGUGACGGGUGGAGUGGUCAGAGUGUCCCCUAUUACACUGCCUGUCUUCAGGUGGAUGCCAGCGAGAAAGAAGACACCAGGCACAAACAAGAAUACUUUGCUACCGUGAAGCUGAUGUACUCAGUCGGUUAUGGUGUGUCGCUAGGCUCUCUCUGCAUCGCCGUCUUCAUCUUCUGCAUCUUCAGGAAGCUGCUGUGCACUCGCACCUGCAUCCACCUCAACCUCUUCUCCUCCUUUAUCCUGAGGGGCGUAGCAGUGUUUGUGAAAGAUGGUGUGUUAUUUGCUGACCAGACUAUUGAUCACUGCACCUUCUCCACGGUUGCGUGUAAAGCUACGGUGACAUUCUUCCAGUUUUCUGUUCUGGCAAACUUCUACUGGCUGCUAGUGGAAGGAUUGUACCUGCAGACUCUUCUGGUGUUCACCUUUACCCAAAAGAGGGCCAUCUUCUGGUGGUACACGCUGAUCGGCUGGGGAACCCCGUCUGUGAUGAUAAUCAUCUGGAUGCUCUUAAAGCUUCAGUUUGACAACCAGGGAUGCUGGGAUGACUUGGACAGUGGUCUUUGGUGGAUAAUCAAAACACCCAUCCUCCUCUCAGUUUUUGUGAACUUUCUCGUAUUUGUGAACAUCAGUAGGAUUAUUGUGUUGAAGACAAAGACCCCUGACUGUCAUUCAGGAGAAAGACCACUGUACAGGCGGAUGGUGAAGUCCACUCUGCUGCUGAUCCCUCUGUUUGGAGUCCAUUACACUGUGUUCGCCCUGUUCCCGGAGCAUGUGGGGCUGGAGGCCAGACUUUUCUUUGAACUGGUGCUGGGAUCCUUUCAGGGCUUCAUUGUGGCGUUGCUGUACUGCUUCAUGAACAGCGAGGUUCAGGAUGAACUGAGAAAGGUGACUGGCAGAUGUUGGUCCCAGAGCAGAAACAACGUGCUCAAUAUGGUCACCCAAGACUUUACAGGCUAGUUGACGGGAGAUGAUUAUUAUGAUCUUCGGAAUCUUGACCAGCUAGUUGGAUCACAGCAACAUUUCGAAUUUUUACUCACCACUUAUCAUCAGUGGAACCGCUAUGGAAAUGAUGAGCAGCUUCAACUUCACAAAAUUUUCCACUUACCUUAAAUGUAGCCAUUCAGUCAAGAUAUUGAGCUACUUUAGUUUUAAACCAGAGCUACAAGGCAAUGCAGGUGUGUGGA